CCGGCAAGCUCGAGAAGGUGGACCACCUUGGCAAUGGGUGGUGACAGAUUCUGGAGAGAGCAAACAUUCUUCUUUCCUGCUGCCGAGCCUGUGAAGGGCCGGAAUGGUCUUUGCAGACGUGGUUGCCUCGAAAUUGGCCGGGGAUACAGUGCGAUAUGAUAUCAGGCCAAUCUCCUGGGUUGCGCAGAGAUGGGAUCCUGCGAAAGGUGCAUGUUUCGUCUUCCGACAGCCGUCGCCACGUGUGUUUCUUCCCUAUCAAGUUCUUGCAUGCCUCCAUCUCAUGGCUACAGUCGAUGCGCCUGCCCAUGGUAUAGGUUUAUAGGUCCCGAUGUGCCGGCAUCCGUUGGAUCGAUGCCUUCGGCCUGGUGUACAAGACUGGUUGGCAGGAAAGUGGCAGGAUGAGGCACGAGGUGAAAUGGGGGUAGACGCUGAGCGGGCCCGCUGCCUCAGACUGAAGCCGGGAGUGAGAUAUCAUGCACAUGGAUCUGGUGACCGUGAAUGCAGUGUCUGCUCAUCCUGUUCAAGGAAGUAGUGUGCCUCAAGCUGUCCUAUUGUUACCUGGUGAGAUUCAUAGGCGCAGCCGCACGCGGCUUGCGGCUUGUCCAGCACAGCCGUGAUUCUGCUCCUUCCUUCCUAACUGGGCGUGCGGCUUGACUUUUCGUUGCCUAUUUCUUUCACUGGCCUCUCACUCCCUCUCACUCUCUUCACCACUCAUUCAAGUUCAAAUUCAGCCCUUUGCGAGGCUCCUCAGGUUCGAGUUCGUGGUUCUCUUCAGAUCGAGCGUUUCGGCAGGAGGCUCUCGACAUUGCGUCUCCUGACUUGCUCCCCUCUCUACUUUUCUUCCUUCCGCAAGACCAUCGGACUACGAGUUCAAAGCACUCGAAAGACUCAGGUCCUUCAAAAGAGUCAGUGGUGUUGUCACGAUGAAGAUCAUGCGUCCAGCUCUCGUUUGGGGCGCGCUGUUGGGAUCCUGCAAAGCAGCAAUCCUGCCCGUCAGACAGGCUUCACCUACAUCCCAGACCACUCCAGCAUGCGUUCCUGUAACCGUCCACGAGACUGUCAUCAUCACGAAAUUCGUCGCAUAUGCUCCUCCGACUGUCACCAUUCUCGAGCAAGAUCCAUCAUCAGUCGCAAAAUCAAUGGCCUCCAUUGAUACUGAGUACAUCAUCGAACAGAGCGAGUUGCUCCCGACCGGAUACAAGCAUCCGACCACCACCCCCACUUUCAUUGAGACAGUCCGUGUCUCUGGCUUCGAGGCUACCGAGGUGUCCAACAAUGGAGGUUCUGUUUUCUACAUGUCCAAAUCCGAUUCUAAGCUUAGUUCCGGCCAGGAUCCUGGGCGAACCAUUUCUGUUGGAGUGCAAACGGUGACUGUCUGGCCCUCAAACUGGCCCUUGAAGAGUGCAACGACAGCUCAACGCGACAUCCAGACCAACAGCACCCAUGGUCCUUCGGCGUUCUCGAAGCCUUCCGGAGGCUGGAACAAUACACUCGCCAACUCUUCACUCUGGGGCACUGGAACAGCUGGAACAGCCGGAACAGGCGGAAGUUAUCUGCCAGGCACCAGAACUGCAGGAUCCGGAAGUCGGCCGACUUAUGGUGCUACGUCCACGGUCACAUUGACAAAUUCGUCGUACACCAUUACCCAGAGCAUCACCCUUAAUGCUACCUCUGCGCCCAAUCCAUCCUAUAUCCUUCCUGGUUAUGGAUACGGGUCGCAGAGCUUCCCAAGCGUGGUCGAUGCCAAGGAGAAGAGACAGACUUGCGUUUGGAUUACUGCCACCAUUGAUGGCCAGCAGGUCGGUUGGUGCAAUAACUGGGACGGCGUCUCGACCUUGACGUACACCUCAUGGGAGACUACAACGACUCCAACCUACAUCCCGGGUAUCGGCACUAUCGCUGUGGCAGACACCUCCUCAAGCAGUUCUGACCAGCCUAUCCUCACCAUAGAGACAUCCACACCUGCGGCGACAUCCUCAUCCCCGUCAGCGAGUGCCACUGCUUGUGGGCAGGUUGGACCAUUUGAGAUUGGAUUUGAUGACCUCCCAUCAUUUUCACCCGCCGACAAUAAUACUGCUGACUUUCCCCCGGUCUUCAACCCUUACGAGCACUUCUUCUGGGGAGAUGGAUGGGCCUAUGUACCUCCACCGAAUGAACCUUACCCACCACAAUCAGGCAAUCGCCUCGCUCAAUUUGUGCCCUCUCUUGCCAACAAUGAUACCGGUUCUCCAGAUGCAGGCCUGAUUCCUCCCAGUUCAUUGGGCUGUGGUCCCCGCAACUAUGACAAUCAGUACUGGUUCAAUGCACGCUCAGCCUAUGUUGGUUGUGAUAAUGGUGCCACGAAUGCCAGCGUUACAUGUGACUUUGUUGCUACGGCAUACAAGUGGGACAACAAUUCGGCCAGUGAGGUUCUUGCUGCAACUCAGCACUUCAAGAUUCCACCCUGUCCGGGAUUCAAGAGCUGCCAUUUGACCAAGAUCAAGUUCAACUACUUGUUCUACAAGAUGACCACAUUGAGUUUUUACGCUAGCGUUCAAGGUCGAGUGGGUAUCUUCUGGCUCGACAGCUUGGACCUGAACUGGUACAACAAUACUUGUGCAGCAGGACUGACCCGCAUAUCGUCGAGAAAGAUCCGACAUUGACAUACAGUAUCUCGCCCGGCCACCAAUCGACGGGGGUCCUUGUCGGAUUCGGUGGUUCGCGGGCUGGUUCUGUUGUCCUUGAGCUGGGAGCUGGCCUGGAGUAGCUUGAGCUUGGAGUGAAGUUGAUCACUGACAUGUCCUCACAGUGCUAGGAGGAGAGCACUCUAAUACACCAAAAGCAACAUACUAUUUUAGCAACAAUUGGGCUUGAUGGGGAGAAUGAAUAGCCAGAGAGACGACAGAUCACUGGCCAUGAGGCUACGCCGAGGUCAAGUAGAUUAGCACC